GAUUUAGCACUUCUCUUCUUACGACCACGCAGAUUGGUCUAUUUCUAGUCGAUUCCUUUCGAUAUAUACACACGUCUAAAAUACAUCCUUCCCUUUUAUUAUUAAAAGAAAAAAUAAAAAUUUCAACCCGUAUAUGUAUAUGCAUAUGCAGCACCAGAAAAAAGUUUGAAUUAAUGAAAUAGAAAAAGAAAUUAAGAAAAUGAAACUGUAAUCAUAAUCUCCUGAAAUAACAACGCAAGAAGAGCGACCGACUAACUUUCAAUGAAAGCAGCAUCGGAAACAAGUUAAUAUUCUUAUGUAUCUUUUAAUCCAAUAAUAGAGUACGAUUUUGAUCAUUUAGAGAGAUAUCAUAGAAACAAUGUUGUUCAAUUACUAGUAGUGCAAAACUUUGAUCUUCUUUUCUCUAAAUUAGUCUUUCAAGUCGUAAAUCAUCUCAAUCUUGAUCUUUUGGAUAUUCACUUUUUAGAGUUUUUGAGGUCUCUGUUAAUGGCGGGAAUCACUGUAUUUAUCAAGAUUUUAGUGUUUGUAUAUCAAAAUUGAUAUCUUUUAUUCCAUUUUAAGCUGAACAUAAUUCUUCCAACUCAUCCAUCAAAUCAGUGAUUCAAUUUUGGAGUUUAGGAUUUUGAAGGAAUUUUUAGUUUGGAGUGAUGGAGACAACAAAUUCAGUCCCACCAAUUGAUGAACAGAGUACUGAGAAUAGAGAUGGUAUGUGGGAUUUACACCAGAAACUUGAUCAACCCAUGGAAGAAGAAGCUGGAAAGCUCAAGAAUAUGUCCAGACAAAAGAAAUUUUCAUCGCUAUUAGUAUUGAGAUUAGCUUUCCAGAGUCUUGGAGUUGUCUACGGAGAUUUGGGCACAUCUCCUUUGUACGUCUUCUAUAACACAUUUCCUGAAGGAAUCAAGGAUCCAGAGGAUGUUGUUGGAGCAUUAUCGUUGAUUAUAUAUUCUCUUACUCUUAUUCCACUCAUCAAGUAUGUCUUUCUUGUGUUAAGGGCGAACGACAAUGGUCAAGGUGGAACGUUGGCUCUUUAUUCAAUACUAUGUCGACAUGCAAAAGUGAAUACUAUUCCGAACCAUCACCCGACGGAUGAGCAGUUAACAACGUACAGUCGUCAUAUAUUCCAUGAGAAAUCUUUUGCAGCUAAGACCAAGAGAUGGUUGGAAGCGACAGCAUUAAGGAAAAAUUUGCUGUUUAUUCUUGUCCUUGUUGGGACGUGCAUGGUUAUUGGAGACGGGAUCUUAACUCCGGCCAUAUCAGUUCUUUCGGCUGUUGGAGGCAUCAAGGUAGAUCACCCGAAGAUGAGCGGUGAUGUAGUGCUAGUUGUUUCGACUAUCAUAUUAGUUGGUUUGUUCAGCAUGCAACACUAUGGAACAGAUAAAGUUGGAUGGCUCUUUGCUCCAAUUGUCCUUCUUUGGUUUCUUUUAAUUGGAGGCAUUGGCGCUUAUAACAUAUGGAAAUACGACAGCUCAGUUCUAAGAGCUUUCUCUCCAAUAUAUAUUUAUAGAUACUUCAAACGAGGAGGUUGGAAAACCCUUGGAGGCAUCAUGCUUAGCAUCACCGGGACAGAAGCUCUAUUUGCAGACAUAGCCCAUUUUCCUGUAUCGGCUGUUCAACUAGCUUUCACAGUCCUCGUGUUCCCUUGCCUUUUAUUGGCUUAUACAGGACAGGCUGCUUACAUCGUUAAAAAUCAGGACCAUGUGAUUGAUGCAUUCUACCGUUCUAUACCAGAAAGUAUAUACUGGCCAGUGUUUAUUAUCGCAACAGGAGCAGCUAUUGUUGCAAGUCAGGCCACUAUAUCUGCGGCUUUUUCAAUAAUCAAGCAGGCUCUUGCACUUGGUUGUUUCCCAAGGGUGAAAGUUGUUCAUACAUCAAAGAUAAUUCUUGGGCAGAUAUAUAUACCCGAUAUUAACUGGAUUCUUAUGCUUAUGUGCAUUGCUGUUACUGUAGGAUUUAGAAACCAAAGCCAGAUCGGAAAUGCUUAUGGAACAGCAGUUGUGACCGUUAUGCUUGUAACGACAUUUCUUAUGAUACCAAUAAUGUUACUGGAAUGGCGGAGUCACUGGGUUCUAGUUGUGGUCUUCACUGUCUUAUCAUUAAUUGUGGAAUGCACUUUUUUCUCAGCAGUACUUUUAAAGGUAGAUCAAGGUGGUUGGGUUCCUCUUGUGAUAGCUGUAGUCUUUUUUAUCAUCAUGUACGUGUGGCAUUAUGGAAGAGCAAAGCGUUACGAAGUUGAGUUGCAUAGCAAAGUAUCAAUGGCUUGGAUAUUAGGUUUGGGACCGAACCUUGGUUUAGUACGAGUCCCAGGUAUUGGACUAGUAUAUACUGAAUUAGCAAGUGGAGUUCCUCAUAUCUUCUCUCAUUUGAUCACAAAUCUCCCUGCAAUUCACUCAGUUGUAAUUCUUGUCUACGUGAAGUAUCUCCCCGUUUAUACCGUACCUCAAGAAGAACGGUUCCUUGUAAAACGAAUUGGACCCAAAGAAUUCCACAUGUUCAGAUGCGUGGCCAGGUACGGUUAUAAGGAUCUCCACAAGAAAGACGACGAUUUUGAGAAAAAGCUCUUUGAAAGCCUUUUCUUGUUUGUUAGACUUGAAUAUAUGAUGGAAGGAUGUUCAGAUUCAGAGGAGUACAGUUCAUAUGGACAGCAAACAGUCAGGUCAGGAGAUUCACAGUUAACAGAUAAUAGAAACAUGACAAUAACUCUGAAUGUGGACAGUACUGUAACUUCAUCAGAAGACGAUGGCAGCAUUAUACCUGCAAAAUCUUCUGCACUAAGAGCCUCGAACAACUUCUUCAGUUCAGCAGGGCAAACAAGUCAUCAGACGGAGUUGGAUGAGAUGGAGUACCUAAAAAUCUGUAGGGAUGCAGGCGUGGUUCAUAUACUUGGGAAUACGGUAGUAAGAGCAAGAAGAGAUUCAAAAUUUAUCAAGAAGAUUUCGAUUGAUUAUGUUUAUGCUUUCCUAAAGAGGGUAUGCAGAGAGAAUAGUGUAAUAUUCCAUGUACCUCAUGAGAGUCUGUUGAAUGUCGGCCAAAUUUUCUAUGUAUGAUUUUCUAU